AUGGGUGUGUCAAUUGAGACAUACAGACUAAGAAUUGGUUCGCAUAACAACUUUGUGCAAGCACGACAGUCCAUGAAUCAAAUGAAAGGUAAAUUUGGGAACCAUAUGUUAGUAAUGUUCUACUUAGAAAUAUUUUAUUUACCAUGCUUGAAAAAUCUAGUUACCAGGAUUGAAAGUAAUAAUGAAGUUUGCAUAUGGUAUACACAAAUGGUAUCUUAUCAUGUUUAUGUACCAUUGCUAUUGAGGCUUGCAAAUGAUGUGGAGGAAAAUCCAGGCCCAGUUAAUAUCUAUGAUAUUGUUGAUCAUAGUUUUACGGUUCGAGCAGAUUUCAACCAAGGUAAUAUAUCCAUGUUUGGCAUAAAUGCUGGAAAACAAUGUGUUGCCAUGUCAAUUUAUGCUAUUGUAUACAAUGAAAUAAAAUCUGUUAAUAUUUGGGAUACACCACUUAUGAACAUGCUUCUAGUUAAAGCAAACAAUCUUUAUGCCAUAAUUAGUCAGCACAUUCAGAAAGAUUUCUUGUUGCUCACUGAUGUUCCUGAAAUAUUGUCUAUCAACAAUGAUACUUUUAAUUUGGAGUACAGUGACUCUUUUUCUGGAGCAUUAUGGAUGGAAUAUAACAAUGAACCGUAUGUUACACUUGAACAUGCCUUUCAUGAAGUAUUUAAUGCUGGUAAUUAUAAAGCAUGUUUACUUACUAUUGGAGCAAACACUGUUGCAGUUUUAAUGCCUUUCCCAGAUGUAUUUAAAGUUUUUGAUUCUCAUUCACGAGAUAUGCAUGGAAUGCCAGCAGCAAUGGGUUAUAGUGUUUUAGUUUCUAUUGAAGGAAUUCAAAACCUUAUAAAUUUUUUUCAUAACAGUUGUAACUAUCCUGGACAAAAUAGUGAAAAUAGUCUAUUUGAAUUGAAGGGUGUUAAAUGUCAUAGAAACAUUUCAUUGUCAAACAGUUUGGAUAACACAACGAAUGACGACACAACAUCAAAUAACCAUGAACAACUAACAAAACAACAAGAGUCAGGUAUAGAAAGAGAAAACAGACUUGCAAAGCUAAGAGAGAAGCAAAGAGAGAAAAGACAACAAGCAAAACAAAAAGAGUCUAUUGCAGAGAGAGAGAAUAGACUUGCAAAGCAAAGAGAGAAAAGAAAACAAGAAACUGUUUCAGAGAGGGAAAAUAGACUUGCAAAGGAAGGAGAGAAAAGAAAACAAGAAACUGUUUCAGAGAGGGAAAAUAGACUUGCAAAGCAAGGAGAGAAAAGAAAACAGGCAAAACAACAAGAAACUGUUACAGAGAGAGAGAAUAGACUUGCAAAGCAAAGGGAGAAAAGAAAACAAGAAACUGUUUCAGAGAGGGAAAAUAGACUUGCAAAGCAAGGAGAGAAAAUAAAACAGGCAAAACAACAAGAAACUGUUACAGAGAGAGAGAAUAGACUUGCAAAGCAAAGAGAGAAAAGAAAACAAGAAACU